UUUUUCAAAUACAAGAAGUAUUCAAUUGGUUUAAUGAGAACUAGGGAAAACCUUUUUUUCAAUUCAAAUUGAACUAUUUUAAAUACAAUUACAGAUAUUUUGGAAAAUACUUUGAUGUUCCUGUCGGCUGUUUUAUAUUUUGUGAAUGCACAUUAUAGUCCAUCUUAAAAGUGCAAUAAAUUAGAAGAUUGCAGCUUUUAAAUGGAUGUUUAUUUCCAAAGUAGUGGUGAGGAAAUUGAUAUGAAACACGACCUUAAAUUACGCCAAUUUCCCUUUGCUCAGUGAGACUGUGUGAAUUUCUCUCGUGUGUGUUUGUAAAGUGUUAAUUCCACUGCAGUCCAGCGCCAUCAUGAAACCCAGUCCUGUCUGCUGAUUGGCUGGAAGCGCCCAGGCCUGAGUCACGUGGUGUGUUCUCUGGUCCAGAGUAAAAUGGGGUUUGGUGUAAAUCUAGUGUGUAUUGCUGUCAUAUAUCACGCUACCUCGUAAAAACGACACUGAGGAUUCUGGGCCAACAAAUCAGAGACAAAAAAAUGAGUUCUUAUUAUGUGGAUGGUCUUCUUAGCACAUAUACGCCGGCUACUCUGUUUCCAAACGUGGAUCGGGCUUCAUGCAGCAUUAGACCCAGUGGAGAAGACUGUGGCUCGACUCGGAAUGCUUCGGCCAUCGCGUUUGCACCCUCACUGUCUGGAGUUUAUAGCGUCAAUAAUGCAGUAUACCCGAGUCACGCCAUCCUCACCUCGGGCUACAGCCAGGUGCACGACGCACACCACGCACUGCCCUGCAGCCCGUUUAACCAGAGCCGCCGGUUCGCGGACAGCUGCUGCUAUGCCGGGCCGGGGCCCCUCACCUCGCCGCCGGACAAACAGUACCGGAUGUAUCCCUGGAUGAAAGCAUCAGAUCCAAAUCGGAAGCGGGGUCGGCAGACCUACUCCCGGUAUCAGACCCUGGAGCUGGAGAAGGAGUUCCACUACAACCGGUACCUGACCCGCAGACGCAGGGUCGAGAUCUCCCACAGCCUGUGUCUCUCAGAGAGACAGAUCAAGAUCUGGUUUCAGAACCGCAGGAUGAAGUGGAAGAAAGACCACAAGGUUGAAUCCGCGUCCAGCCCCGUGGAAAGGGGCAGUGGCGUCCAGGCUGAGUGCGAGACCCCCGUGGGAAGCCCCGGUAAAGCUGACGACACCGGUGGCUCCGGUUUGGAGACGGGCGCGUCUGCGAAGUGACGAGAAAGAGACAGAACGAGAGCGUUAAUGAAAGAAACACACUGUUGUUCCUCUGAGUGAGGGACAUAACAGAGACACCAUUCAUGCACUAGCUUAGAGCCUGAUUAAUUGAAUGACAGCUGAAGACAUCUACUGUAUGUAAAAGCAUUUCACAGCAUUUCAUAUUCAAACUUGGAAGGCUCUGCAUGAAAGGGCGACAUUAACUACCUAUAUAUAUAUAUAUAAAAACUCUAUUUUUCUAUGAUCUGUAAUUUAACCUGAUGAUGCUACUGAACCAACAUUCCUUUAUACAAAACCUACUAAUAUGAAAAACACCGGUGCGACGAAUUCAACAUGUAUGGAAAAUCAUUUUGAAUAAAUACAUUCAAUUAUUUA